GCCAUGUCGUCCUGGCCCGUCCUCUCGUGGCUGAGGGACAGGGUCUCCUCCAUGCUGAGCACUGCCAGUCGCUUCGACCGCCUCAUGGAGGACGAGGGUCACCGCGACUCCGUGCGGCGCCUCCUCGGCCACGUGGCGGACGAGGAGGACGUGGAGGACGAUCCGCCCCAGGUGCUGUGGUUCUACGUGGAGGCUUUGGGACGACAGCAGGAAACAAAUAUGGAUAUGGAAUCUGAGGUCUUGCAUAUCAGCUAUGGUCACCUACCUGAGAACUACAUUGGCCAGGGCUUAUAUUUUCUACGAAACACAAGAGAGUCAAUCCCAACGCCUGUCAAUUUUCUGGAAGCAAAUCAACUCCUGCCACAAUUCCUGGAAUUUGGACUCUGCUCUGGACCUCUGCUAGGCGUAUUGGAACAAGUGCUUUCCCAGAUGUAUGUGCCAUUGCUCGCGUAUGGUCGGCACAAAGGAAUUACAGUGCCUCCCAACGACAGCAUACAAAUGGAAGCAGCAAGCCAAACACCUCGCGAGCAACUGUCAUCCUCUAAUAGUUCAGAAGAGAAGGGCAUUGCCGAGCCUCUGUCCUCCACUGAACAGUUAGGCAAAAAUAAGGUUAUUGCGUGCAACCCGCAGCCAAUGCGUGACGCAUUUCUUCUCGGCUUACAUACAUUUGUUGACUUUGUCCAUCGUGCCAAUCAGCAGCUUGCAGACUGGCAGAUCCAGACCAUGAGAACCAUCGAGGUAGAACUGGAAAAGAUUCCACAGGAUAAAGGACCACUGGCGGAGAUAGAAUUCUGGCGAGAACGCAGGACUGUGCUCGAAGCACUAGCGGAACAGCUGAAACUUCCGGCUGUGCUGGAGACACUGGCAUUGGUCGCCAAAGUUGAUCCUGUGGCAGUACAGACAUUUGAGCUCGCCACCUCCGAGCUUCAUGAGCUGCAAGUAGAGGCCAAGGACAACGUCCGGUUUUUGUCCGCACUGGAAAGAUACUUCAAGACACUCUCCCAAGGUACAAGCUUUAGGGUUGUCAUUGACACCCUGCCGUCGAUGAUGAUGGGGCUGCGCGUGGUGUGGACCAUCUCACAUCACUACAACACGAGCGAGCGCAUGGGGCCACUCAUGCAGCGCAUCGCGUGGGAGAUAGCAGAGCGUGUCUGCUGCAUCAUUGACGUCCGCUCGCUGUUUAAGAAUAGUCCCAUGGUGGUCAUGAGGCAGACAAAAGAAGCGAAGAGAAUGUUGGUCCGGUGGAAAGAGUGUUACCUAGAAACCUGUGCUGCCAUUGAGGCAUCGGGCAGGUGUGAGUACUGGGUGUUUGACAAAAAGUGUCUAUUUCAGAAGACUGACUACAUGACUGGCGUAUGCCAGGACCUUUAUGACAUAGCGCAGAUUCUGGAAGAAUUUUAUGCAGAUUUUGGGCCAGAGUUGAAGUCCAUAACUGGGAUUUUGUGGUAUAUCGAUGAUGCACAAAAGAAGGCUGACCAGCUCAUUGACCCAUUUACAAGCAUACUUUUCAACCCAUUCAAUGUCCAGUAUGCAAAAUCGUGGAAUGGAUUAAUUACUGGUUUCAAGCAGGAUAUCGAAGAGACGGCUGUGACCUUAAUAAAUGAUGCAUUCAAACACCUACGUUCCGCUGAUGCAUUUGACAUGCUAUUGAAGUUUAAGAACAUUCAAAAGGGAGAGAAAAUCAGCUCACUGUUGAUGGAGAAAGUUAAUGAAGUGCUCUUACGGUACUGCAAAGAGGUAGCAACAGUGCAGGAAAUAUUUAUGACGUCUCAUGAGAAGCCACCAAUUGGCAAGAGCCAACCGCCGGUGGCUGGAGCCAUCAGCUGGGCUCGUAUGCUAUUUCAGCGUAUCAAGAAUCCCAUCAUCCACUUCCUGAGCUCUCCACAUGUGAUGGACACGGAAAUCGGCAGAGCUACUAAAGAAAAGUAUCUAGAAGUGGGAAUGCAAUUGAAAAAAUAUGAGGAGAAGAAAUAUGCCGACUGGACAAAAGAGGUGGAAUCUGUUCUGUUACCUUACCUGCACAAAAGCCUGCUGAGGCUCGCGGAUUCACAGGGCAAUCUCAAGCUAUCUGCAAUGGAUGACUACAUUAAUCCUGAAAGUAACUCACUAGCUACUGAGUUGUUAUUGAGAAAACAUGAGAACAUAUCGAUGGACUUUGAAGUAAACUUUGCUCCAGAGCUGCUGGAGGUUAUAAUGGAGGCCAGGCGUUUGAACCAGCUUGGUUUCCACAUCCCAGAGAUGACCUGCAAUGCAGUGCUGCUGGAGGAAAGUCUCAUCAGGAAUAAAGAUGCCCUCAAAAUGACUUUACAACAUUAUCGUGCCGUGCUGAACUCUAUAAAUGAAGCUGAAUCUCAACUGCUGGACCAGCAGAUUAAUCAAUUGCAAAGCAUCUUGUCGCCAGGGCUCAAUAGAAUAUUUUGGAACUCCCUAGGAGUUAGAGACUACAUUUCUCGUUUGAGACAAGCGAUCGCCAAGUUUGAAAAACUUGUAGCACAAGUGCACAGAAAUGCUUUCCUUAUGGAAUGCAAGUUAACAGCCAUUAAGACAGCAAUCUUGUGUAGAAUUUCUUCUUCAAUGCACGGGGAACUUUCAAGUGCGAGGGAGUUUUUUCAGUCCAUGGAGUGUGAGCGACAGAGGGACGUGGAGCUGCUGCUGCGAGAGGUGCAGGCAAUCGGCCCACUGCUGGUAAAGGUGGAAGGCCUAGUGGCCUUCACCAGCACGGGCAGGUCGCCCCAGCUUGCCAAUUAUUACACUUACUGGGAGAGACGAAUCUAUGAUGCGCUCACAAGUAUGGUGCUCAGAAAUUUGAAUAACUAUAAUUCCAAUUUACAGAGUGAAAAACCAUUGUUUAUUGUCCAUACCAUACCAUCGUCACCAAACGUGGUGUUGCAACCUCUUCCUUAUGAUAUCCAUAUCCUAGCCCUUAAUUCAGCAAAAAACUGUCUGGCUUCAACUAAGAGUUUUGUACGCUGGAUGGAUGGAACAUGCAUCGAAACACCGCCUCAGUUCAUAGCCAAUGAAGACGAACCUGUAGUUCUCAGCUUUUUCGACGACAUCUCUCAAAACCCUCAGAUAUCGUUUCAUCUCAGUCUCAUCUCCCUCACCAUGCAGCAGAUUCUGCGGAAUAUCAACAAGUACCUCAUCAGCUGGAAGAAGUUCAAUACAAUUUGGAAACUUGACCAGAACCUAAUGCUGCAGCGGGUUGCAGCUAAGAAUCCGAGUUGUGCGGUGUACGAAGGAAAACUGAAACUGUACUCAAACAUGCGAGCCGAGAUCCAGGCACAGCCCGACACUUGGGAUGAGCAUUGCAUAAGGCUGCAGUUGACACCGCUCAUCUCAUCAAUCGUGACCAAGUUGCACUCGGUGCAGAUUUCUCUGAGCAGGAUGCUCAAUCAAGUCAACAGAAAAAACCUGUUUGACUUUCAGAAUUCACUAAUUGAAAAGCGGCAAAUUCUGAAUAAGGUACCUCAGAGUUUCAAUGACAUAAAGCUCAUCCUCGGCACAAUUUCCAUCAUUAUGGAGGAGUCUCUCACUAUGGAGCUGAUGCUGAAUGAUAUCCAAGAGAAAUAUCACAACUUGGUUCUAUUUGACAUUGACUUAACACAAGAAGAAAUUGAAGCUCUUGCUAAUGUGCAAUCAUUAUGGGAAAACCUGAUAAUGGACGCGAAGAAAACCAACUACAACCUAACCCCUUUAAAGAAACACUUUAUGCAGAUUACUGCAGAUGAUAUGAGCGUCUUUAAGCAAGACCUGAUGCAGUUUAUUGAGAGGUUCCGCUGUGAGGGCCCUGUCUCAUUUGGACCUAACUUUGACAAAGGCCUGGAAGUGUUGGUGAUAUUCCACAAUGAAGCUGAUGAGUAUGGAAAAAGGAAAAAGGAACUGACAAACGCAGAGAAGCUAUUUGACCUCCAAAUUACUGCUUGCACAGACCUUGUUAGUGUUCAAACCGAAAUUAAGGACUUGAAAGAAAUCUACAACAUUUACAGUCAACUGAAGGCCACAAAACAAAAGUGGGCACGGAUGCUGUGGCGUGACCUGGACAUGUCAAAUUAUGAAGAGGGGGUGGAUGUGCUCAUGAAGUCGCUGCACAGUCUCCCAAAGAUGGUCAGGGAAAUGUCUGCAUCAUUAUUCUUGGAGGCUAAGAUCAACGACUUCACCAGUGCAUUGGCUCUGCUGGCAUAUUUGAAGGCAGAGGCACUGCAGGAGAGACACUGGAAUAAGCUAAUGGACAUGGUGGGCAUUCACUGUGACUUGGAUCCUGACAAGUUUACACUGGAAAAUGUGUUUUCUAUGGAACUGCACAAACACAAUGCCAAGAUCCCAGAGAUCAUCACCAUUGCUGCUAAGGAGAUUAGCAUAGAAAAGGGCAUACAGGAGAUUGAGGAUACAUGGAAGAGCAUGGAGUUUACACUUACACAGCACAUGAAGGGGACGGAAGGACGAGGACAUGUGCUGGACUCCACAGCUGAGAUCGUACAAAUGCUUGACGACCAAACCAUGAUCUUGCAGGGAAUGGCCGGCAGCCGUUUUAUUGGUCCCUUCCUUGGCACUGUGCAGAGCCGUGAAAAAUCCCUGUCCCUCAUCAGAGAAGUCAUUGAGAUGUGGCUGGUGGUACAAAGUAAAUGGAUAUAUCUCGAGAGUAUAUUUACCGGAGCGGAUAUCAGGUCGCAGUUACCAGAGAAAGCCAAAUGCUUCGACAACAUGGACAAGAUGUUUAGGAAGAUCAUGUUGGAGACACUAAAGGACCCACUCAUAAAGCACUGCUGCCUGGCACCAAAUCGGUUAUCAUCACUGAUGAACCUGUGCGAGGGGCUGGAGAACUGCCAGAAGAGCCUCAACGACUACCUGGACUCAAAGCGCAAUGCAUUCCCACGCUUUUUCUUCAUCUCCGAUGAUGAGCUGCUGAGCAUCCUGGGUAGCAGCAACCCCUCCUGUGUGCAGGAGCACAUGAUCAAGAUGUACGACAACAUCGCAUCUCUGAGCUUCUGUACAGACAGCCAUUCUGAGACACAGGUAAUGGGGAUGGUGUCAGCCGAGGGUGAGGUGAUGAAUUUCCGCCGGCCGGUGUUGGCCGAGGGUUAUGUGGAGGACUGGAUGACGAAAGUGCUCUAUGAGAUGCGGUCCACCAAUAAGUUCAUCACCAAGAAGGCCAUCUUCACAUACUGUGAGGACAAAAGCAGAGUGGACUGGAUGCUUCCACUUCAGGGCAUGGUGGUGCUGGCUGCAACCCAGGUUUGGUGGACCUGGGAGGUGGAAGAUAUGUUCUGUCAGAUUGGCAAAGGCCAAAAGCUGGCUAUGAAGAGCUAUUCCACUAAGCUGCACCAUCAGAUCAAUGAGCUGGUUUCCAGAAGCUCUCAGCCUCUCAGUGGCAACAACCGCAAGAAGUACAACACCGCACUCAUCAUCGACGUGCAUGCCCGUGAUAUUGUGGACAUCCUCGUAAGGGACAGUAUUGUGGAUGUGAACGAGUUUGCAUGGGAGAGUCAGCUGAGGUUUUACUGGGACUGCGUUCCGGACGAGUUGACCGUGCGACAGUGCACAGGCACGUUUGGCUACGGCUACGAGUACAUGGGGCUGAAUGGUCGUCUGGUGAUCACGCCGCUCACGGACCGCGUCUACCUCACGCUAACGCAAGCCCUGACAAUUUUCCUGGGUGGGGCACCUGCUGGACCUGCUGGGACGGGCAAAACGGAGACGACUAAAGACCUCGCGAAAGCCCUGGGACUGCUCUGCAUGGUUACCAACUGUGGCGAGGGCAUGGAUUACAAGGCUAUAGGAAAGAUCUUUUCCGGACUGGCCCAAUGCGGUGCCUGGGGCUGCUUUGAUGAGUUCAACCGCAUCGAUGCUUCCGUGCUAUCUGUCGUUUCGUCCCAGAUUCAAACCAUUCGAAAUGCACUUAUCAACCAUCUCACUAAAUUCCAGUUUGAGGGCAGUGCGAUUUCACUGGAUGCAAAGAUGGGCAUCUUCAUCACCAUGAACCUGGGCUAUGCUGGCCGCACUGAGCUGCCCGAGUCUAUCAAGACUUUAUUCCGGCCAGUCAUGGUCGUUGCGCCAGACUUGCAGCUCAUCUGUGAAAUAAUGCUCUUCUCAGAAGGGUUCCUCAUGGCAAAGACUCUUGCCAAGAAGAUGACCACGCUUUACAAACUGGCACGGGACCAGCUUUCGAAACAGAGUCACUAUGACUUUGGGCUACGAACUCUCAAGUCUGUCUUGAUGAUGGCCGGUGAUCUUAAGCGAGAGGAACCGUACCUCAGCGAGGACGUGGUGCUGAUGCGGGCCCUACGAGACAUGAACCUGCCCAAGUUUGUGUUUGAGGACGUGCCUCUCUUCUUGGGCCUCAUCUCCGACCUCUUCCCAGGCCUCGAAUGCCAGCGCGUGUCGUAUCCUAGCUUUGUCAAGGCCGUGGAGGAGACACUGCAAGAAAAGGGCUACUUGGUUCUUCCUGCCCAGGUGGACAAGGUGGUGCAGUUGUAUGAAACCAUGAUGACUCGCCACACCUCUGUAGUGGUAGGCCCUACUGGUGGUGGGAAAUCUGUGGUCAUCAACACCCUGUGCCAAGCACAGACCAGACUUGGCCUGUUCACAAGGCUCUACACACUGAACCCAAAGGCAAUGAGCGUGGUCGAGUUGUAUGGUGUUCUGGAGCCUGGCACGCAGCAAUGGACCGAUGGUAUCCUCUCGAGCAUCUUCCGGAAUAUCAACAAGCCUACGGACAGGCAGGAACGCAGGUACAUUUUGUUUGAUGGUGACGUGGAUCCCCUAUGGGUGGAAAACAUGAACUCUGUGAUGGACGACAACAAGCUGCUCACGCUUGCUAACGGCGAACGCAUUCACCUUCAGCCGUAUUGUGCCAUGCUUCUGGAAGUUGGGAAUCUAGAUUAUUCGUCACCUUCUACAGUGUCGCGGUGUGGAGUGGUGUACGUUGACCCCAAAAACCUACAGCAUUUACCCUACUGGAAAAAGUGGCUUAAGAAGUGGCAUCAGAAAAUACAAGAGAGCCUGGAGGUGUUAUUUCUCAAGUACGUCCCAGUGUGUAUGCAAAUGAUCGUGGAAGGAAUUGUGAACGGGACCCAGGAAGUCAAGCCCAAAACCAUGGUGCCCCAGACGGACCUGAACAUGGUUGUGCAACUGUGCAUGAUGCUGGAUGCACUGCUGGAGUUGGCUGGAGAAGACAGCUCAAUGCUCGAGUGUUAUUUUCUAGAGGCUCUCUUUUGCUCCCUGGGAGCAACUCUUCUAGAGGAAGACAGAAUCAGAUUUGACAAAUUAGUGAAAAAAAUCUCAGGCAUGCGCCUAGUGUCUGAGCAAGGCAGAGUGGUAGGACCUGAUGAACUUCCUGGUCAGUGCCCUACGCUCUAUGAUUUCCAUUUUGAUGAAGAAAGCAAACAUUGGGUGAGCUGGGCCAAUCGAGUGCCCCAGUACAUGCCCAGGCCCGAAGUCAGAUUCGGCGACAUUCUUGUUCCCACAGUGGAUACUUUGCGGAUCACGUGGCUUCUCGAGCAGAUGGUCAAGAUUAAACGCCCUGCGCUGCUGGUCGGGGAAUCUGGCACCUCCAAAACAGUCAUCACACACAACUUUCUCAAGGACCUCAAUAAAGAAACCACUAUUGUGCUUAAAAUGACCUUCUCAUCUUGCACCACAUCAAUGGAUGUUCAACGAAACUUGGAAGCCAAUAUCGAAAAAAUAACAAGGGACACGUUCAGCCCACCGUUGGGCAAGAGACUGCUCAUGUUCAUAGAUGAUAUGAACAUGCCUCGGGUGGAUGAGUAUGGAACACAGCAGCCAAUCGCAUUGCUAAAGUUUUUGUUGGAGAAGGGCGGAAUGUACAACCGUGGGCAGGGGAUAAACUACAAGAACGUGAAAAACCUGGACUUCCUGGCUGCGAUGGGCAAGGCUGGAGGAGGCCGCAAUGAAGUGGACCCGCGCUUUACGUCCCUCGUCUCCACCUUCAUUGUCACUUUCCCAAAAGAGGAGUCACUGCACCAUAUCUACGCUUCUAUCUUAAAAUGCCACACAACGACAUUUUCAGACGAGGUGCAGUCAUUGUGUGAGAAGAUUACUGCUUGCACGCUCAAGCUGUAUAACAACGUCGUUCACAACCUUCCACCAACCCCCUCGAAGUUCCAUUAUAUUUUCAAUCUGCGAGACCUCUCCAGAGUCUACAGUGGCUUGUGUCUCACCACACCUGAAAGAUUCACCAUGAAAGCGCAGUUUGUAAGAGUCUGGAGAAACGAGUGCCUUCGUGUUUUCCAUGACCGGCUUAUAAACAAAACUGACCAAGCACUUGUUCAGCGCAGUAUACAGGAACUGAUCACGGAACACUUACCAACUGAGUUGGACUACGCAACACGUGACCCCAUUUUGUUUGGUGAUUACAAUACAGCACCGGGAGGGGCUGAGAGCCGUGUGUACGAGGACGUCAAAGAUUACAAUACAGCAAGGAUACUACUCCAGGAGGUACUGGAGGACUACAACGAGAAGAAUAUGACGGCGAUGAACCUCGUCCUGUUUGACUAUGCCGUGGAGCACACGACACGCAUCCACCGCAUCUUGCGAAUUGACGGUGGUCACGGCCUGCUGGUCGGGGUUGAAGGCUCGGGGAAGCACUCGCUCACACGCCUCGCCGCCUACACCGCCGGCUACGAGAUGUUUGAGAUCAAGCUAACACGGGGAUAUGAAGAAAAGCAUUUUCGGGAAGACUUGAAAGUGCUGUACACAAAACUAGGCAUCGACAACAAGAAGAUUGUCUUCCUGUUCACUGAUGCACAUGUAGCCAAAGAGAGCUUUUUGGAGAUCGUCAACAACAUGCUGACAUGUGGUGUGGUGCCAGCACUAUUUUUGGACGAUGAGAGAGAGAAUAUUGUGAACCAGAUUCGGGACGAGGCAACGAGUGCGGGCUUUGGGCUGUCCAAGGCAAGCAUCUGGCAGUACUUCAACGAAAAGAGUGCCAGCAAUCUCCACGUGGUGUUGAGCAUGUCUCCCGUCGGAGAUACUCUCAGGACAAGAUGUAGAAACUUCCCUGGUAUCGUGAACAACACAGGUAUAAAUUGGCUAUUUCAAUGGCCAAUUGAUGCACUAAAUGAAGUUGCAGAGACAUUUUUAGGAAAGAACCCCAUGAUUCCCAGCAACUACACAGAGGCUCUCAUCAACCACAUAGUUGUGGUCCACAAAUCUGUGAAAUCCUACACUGAGAAGUUUAAACAAGAACUCAGACGCGAGAAUUAUGUAACACCCAAGAAUUUUAUGGAUUUCAUCCAUAACUAUAUAAGGCUGCUUCAGGAAAAGGACAUGUCCAUAAAGACCCAAUCCAGACGCCUGGAGGUUGGGCUAGAAAAGCUGCAGGAGGCCAGUGUGCAGCUGGUGGAGCUGAACGAGAGGCUGGCCUUCCAGAGGGUGAUUGUAGCCGAAAAGUCCACAGCGUGUAAGCUGCUCUUGGAGGAGAUUGUUGCCAGUACUGUGGACGUGAAUGAGAAGAGACUGUUAGUAGAGGCGAAGGUGCAGGAGAUUGAGGAUCAGAACUUGAUGAUUUCCAAGGAAAAGAAGGAGGCAGAGGAAGCCCUUGCAGCAGCUAUGCCUGUAUUGGAGGCUGCUCGGAAAGCCCUGCAGGAACUCGACAAGUCAGACGUCACUGAGAUAAGGUCUUUUGUGAAGCCGCCCAAGCAGGUGCAGACGGUGUGCGAGUGCAUUCUGGUGAUGCAGGCCUAUAAGGAUAUCAGCUGGAAGUCUGCCAGGUCCAUGAUGUCAGAUACAAGUUUCCUGCGCACACUCAUGGAGAUGGACUGUGACGCUAUCACACCCAGCCAGGUCAAAACUAUCCGAGGUUUGAUGAAAUUGACAGCCUAUGAGGAAAUGGUGGCCGUCAGCAGGGCGGGCGCUGGCAUGCUGAAGUUUGUAGAGGCUGUUAUGGGCUACUGCGAUGUCGCACGUGACAUUAAGCCCAAACGGGAGAAGGCAGCCAAGCUGGAGCGGAAUUACCACCAGAGUAAACGGGAACUGGGCAAAAUUCAGCAAGAGUUUGCAUCACUGCAAGCCUUGGGGGCGACACUGAUGAAAAAGUACGAGGAGGCGAUGAUCGAAAAACAGCAGCUUCAGUCAGAGACUGAGAUCAUGGAGCGCCAGCUCAUCGCAGUGGACAAACUUUUUGCUGGCUUUGGUUCUGAGAAUAUCAGGUGGGCUGCGGAACUGGACGAGCUCCAGACACGUCGGCUGAGGCUCCUGGGAGACUGUCUUAUCUGCGCGGCCUUCCUCAGCUACGAAGCCACCUUCAGCUUGAACUUCCGCAACGCCAUGGUAUACGAGGAGUGGCAGAGCGACAUCCUGUUGCGAAACAUCCCUCUGAGCCAGCCCUUCCGCCUCGAGGCUCUGCUCUCUGACGACGUGGAGAUAAGCAGAUGGCGCUCAGAGGGCCUCCCAUCAGAUGAGAUGUCCGUGCAGAAUGGAAUCCUGACGGUGCAGGCCUACCGCACGCCGCUCUGUAUCGAUCCCCAGCAGCAGGCGCUCAAAUGGAUCAAGAGAAAGGAAGAGAAGAACCAAAUGAGGGUGACAUCAUUCAACAAGCCAGAUUUCCUGAACCAUUUGGAGUUUGCCCUCAAGUACGGCUUCCCAUGCCUCUUCGAAGACGUGGAUGAGUUUAUUGACCCCGUGGUGGACAACGUGAUCACGCGGAAUGUCCAAGUGCAGCAGGGACGCCAGUUCAUUGUCCUCGGGGACAAGGAAGUGGACUUUGAUCCCAAUUUUAGGCUCUAUCUCAACACCAAGCUUGCAAACCCCAAGUACUCACCAUCAGUCUACAGCAAAACCAUGGUCAUCAACUACACAGUGACGAUGAAGGGUCUGGAAGAUCAACUGCUUGGAGUGAUCGUGGACUUUGAGCGGAAGGAGCUGGAGGAGCAGCGUGAGCGCCUCGUCCAGGAGACCAGCUCCAGCAAGAAGCUGCUAAAGGAGCUGGAGAACUCGCUCCUCCGUGAGCUCAUCACGUCCACAGGGAACAUGCUGGACAACGCACAGCUAGUGCAGACGCUCGAUGAGACCAAGGCCAAAGCCACCGAGGUCUCCGAGAAACUGGCCCUGGCAGAGCAAACGACUGUGGACAUUGACAUCCUGCGCAACAGGUAUCGCCCUGCUGCUCAACGUGGAGCAAUUCUUUUCUUCGGCCUGUCAGAAAUGGCCCUCAUAAACAGGAUGUACCAGUACUCGCUCUCCUCCUUCCUGCGAGUCUUCAGGUUUUCUCUGCGCCACUCAAUCCCAGACAGCAACCUCGGCGUGCGCCUGCAAAACAUUAUGGAUGCACUGACUUACAGAGUCUACAACUAUGGUUGUACAGGGCUGUUUGAAAAACACAAGUUGCCAUUCUCAUUUAAUAUGACUCUCAAGAUUCAGCAGGCAGGCGGUCAGGUGCCUCAGAGAGAGUUGGAUUUCUUCCUGAAAGGAAACAUAUCCCAGGAGAGGAGUAAAAGGCAGAAGCCAUUUGGUUGGAUCCCUGACCAGGGCUGGGAGGACGUGGUGCAAUUAGCAGAAGUGUCCCCUGAGGCUUUUUCGAAUCUUCCAGGGGAUAUUGAGACACACGAAGUGGACUGGAAGGCUUGGUUUGAUCUGGAUGCCCCGGAACAGGCGACAAUCCCUUGUGAGCACAAGAAUAGCCUGACAGCGUUCCAGCGUCUGCUGCACCUACGCUGUUUCCGCGUGGACCGGAUGAUCCGUGCCAUUACUGACUAUGUCACUAUUACCAUGGGCGAGAAGUACGUGCAGCCACCCGUCGUCAACAUGAGGAAUGUUUUUGACCAGAGCAGCUCCGCGUCGCCCGUCAUAUUCAUUCUGAGCCCUGGUGCUAACCCCGCCAGUGACUUGAAGAAGCUGGCAGAGCAGUUGGGCUUCACCAGGAAGCACCUGCGGAUCCUUGCCAUGGGCCAAGGCCAGGAGAAGGUAGCCCUAAAGUUGCUGGAGCACGCAGCAGCACGGGGCCUGUGGCUGAUGCUGCAGAACUGCCACCUGUUGGUGAGGUGGCUCAGAGAUCUAGAGGAGGCCCUGGGCAAGCUUCACAACCCACACCCAAACCUGCGUGUGUGGCUCACGACGGAGCCAACUCCUCUCUUCCCCAUUGGCAUCCUGCGGAAAUCUUUCAAGGUCGUAACGGAGCCCCCAAGUGGCUUGAAGCUGAACCUGAGGGCGACGUACUUCAAGGUGUCGCACCAGGCACUGUCGGACUGCCCCCACCCUGACUUCCGCCAUCUCGUCUUCACGCUUGCCUUCUUCCACGCCGUCGUGCAGGAGCGUCGCAAGUACGGCAAGAUUGGCUGGAACGUCCCCUACAACUUCAAUCGGUCUGACUUCCAGGUUUGCAUGGAAAUUCUUAACACAUACCUAACCAAGGCACACCAGCGAGUUCAAGGCAAGAUUCCCUGGGACAACCUCAAGUACCUGAUAGGCCAGGUGGUGUAUGGAGGCCGUGUCUUAGACAGUUUUGAUCAGCGAAUUCUGACUACGUACUUGGAUGAGUACCUGGGAGACUUUGUCUUCGACACGUAUCAGCCCUUCCAUUUUUUUCACAAUGAGCAUGUCGACUACAAAAUCCCACCCAUUGGGCCCAAUGACAGCUAUGUUGAUGCAAUUGAAUCUAUGCCUCUUGCGAACACACCAGAAGUGUUUGGGCUGCACCCAAAUGCAGAGAUCGGCUACUACACCCAGGCAGCAUGUGACAUGUGGAGGUACCUGGUGGAACUGCAACCGCAAACUGGAGACACGAGUGUCGGAGAAAGCCGUGAGGACUUCAUUGCUCAAGUGUCCGGGGACAUUGAGCAAAGGCUGCCCAUGAGGUUUGACCUGGACCCGAUCAAGAAGGCCCUGGGAAGUGACAUCUCACCACCCACUGUGGUACUCCUCCAGGAGCUGCAGCGCUUCAACCGUCUUGUCAUCUGCAUGGGCAGAUCCCUCAACGAGUUGCAGCGGGCACUGAUUGGUGAGGUAGGCAUGAGCAGUGAGCUGGAUGACUUGGCCCAAUCCCUGUUCAAUGGAGAGAUCCCAGCCAUUUGGAGGAAGCUUGCUCCCAACACGCUCAAGAGCCUUGGAAACUGGAUGAUACACUUCAAGCGCAGACACGACCAGUACUCAUCAUGGAUAUCUGAAGGAGAGCCACAUGUGAUAUGGCUGUCAGGGCUGCACAUUCCAGAGUCUUACCUGACUGCCCUUGUCCAGACCACAUGCCACAAAAAUGCAUGGCCACUGGACAGGUCCACCCUAUACACACAAGUUACUGGUUACCGCAGAGCUGAGGAGAUCACAGAACGCCGAGGGCAAGGAUACUUUGUGUCUGGCCUGUACUUGGAAGGAGCUGACUGGGACAUAGAGAGACGAUGCUUGGUUUGCAGUAGACCAAAAGUACUUGUUGUGGAGCUCCCAAUUAUGGAAAUUAUUCCGACCCAGUUGCGCUUAGUGAAACUCCAGAACACUCUUCGAACACCCGUAUACGUGACAUCAAUGAGACGAAACGCGAUGGGAGAAGGGCUGGUAUUUGAAGCCGACUUGCACACCUCCCAGCACAUGUCUCACUUGAUCCUGCAAGGAGUGUGCCUCACUCUCAACUCCAGCUGACAUGUGUCUGCCAAGAUACUCGCGCUCCUGGCCCCUCAUGCCGCCCUCCAGCGCCACAAUGACUACCAGCGUUUGGUCGAUCUGCUCGGUGAGCUCCUGCUUCUCUUGUUCUUUAUUUCUGAGCUGAGCUUCCAGCUCCCAAACACUCCUCUCCAGUGCCUCAUCCACACUCUUUUCAUCUUUGCUCCAGAGCUCUCCUGUGUGAUGUGACACAAGCACACAAAAAAAUGUUAGUUUUUUCUUGGAGUUGGUGAAUUUAUAUCCAUUCCAUUGACCCAGUAUUUAUCUGUAUUUGUCACUGUUGACCUACAUUUAUUUUUUUCCUGCAGCUGCUACUGGAAAUUUAAAACUUGAUUACCAUAAAGUUACAUAACUAUUAUUACAAUUAAUUCUAGAUUCCUACACCACUCCUGAACAGGGUUUAUGAAAAAGGCACUUUUAUUCCAGGAAGGGCCACACUUGAUAAAAAUUAGCCAACCCUAAUCAAACACGUUUGUUGCAAGUUGUGAAUCAUUUACCUGUUCUACACCGUCUUUUGUUUUUGUUUAUGCUGUUUGAGGUUUGGUAUUGUUAAGAAACACUGUUGACAAUUUGUUAAGCAUAUAUUGUAAUAAACAUGUUUCAA